CGAAGAGGCUAUAAAUUUGGCCUCCCCUCUCCCCAUUAUGUCUUUUCCUUUUCACAGCAGAUUCCCGUACAUUCCCUCGGGUUUUCGAUAAACUCUUAACCUCUCAACUUCAUAUCCCCCCCUAUGAAGAAGUGCCUGCUUCAUUAGAUCUCACGAAAAUGAAGUUCACCGCGGUCACCAGUCUAUUCAUUGCAGGCACUGCUCUUGCGGCACCCCUCACUACUGAACGGCACGCUCGCAAUGAAGCUCGUCAGGCUGAGAGACGUCGUACUAGCCCGCCGCUUUCUGCUGUCAACGGCCAGCAGCUGCAUUUCAAUGGUACCAAAAAUGUUGAAUACAGCUCAAACUGGGCCGGUGCCGUCCUGAUUGGAACCGGCUAUACGAAGGUCACAGGCACGUUCACGGUACCGACUCCAUCUGUUCCCUCGGGAGGUAGAUCAAACGAAGAGUACUGCGCCUCUGCCUGGGUUGGUAUCGAUGGCGAUACCUGCAGCACUUCCAUCCUCCAAACUGGUGUGGACUUCUGUGUCCAGGGCAGCUCUGUUUCAUAUGACGCGUGGUACGAAUGGUACCCAGACUAUGCCUACGAUUUCAGCGGUAUCUCCAUUUCGGCAGGCGAUGUCAUCACUGUUACAGUUGACGCGAGCAGCCCCAGCGCCGGCACUGCUACUGUUGAAAAUGUCUCGACUGGACAGACGGUUACCCACACCUUCAGCGGCGAGACAGAUGAGCUCUGCGAGUACAACGCUGAGUGGAUCGUGGAGGAUUUCGAGUCCAACGGCUCUCUUGUUCCCUUCGCUGAUUUUGGAACUGUCACUUUCUCUGGUGCUACUGCUACGGAUGAUGGUUCUACAGUCGGUCCUUCUGGUGCCACCAUCCUCGAUAUCGAGCAGAAUAACCGGGUCUUGACAUCCGUUUCUGUCGCCGGAAGCGAUGUCACUAUUACUUAUGAGUGAUCAAGUGCAGAUCACCUAUUGAGCAUUGGGGGACAUACUUGCAACAUGAGCAACGAUCGAGAAACUCGAAGAGAGGUCAAAUCCCUAUUUCUAUUGUUUGAAUUACUGGGUAAUUUGAUGUGGCAAAGCAUGAAUCUCUGCCCCUCUGCAAGGGUUUCGAUUAAGUUCUGUCUCUUUGAGAAAAUACUGUCAAACAUGUUUUACUUCUCGGUGUAGUUCAUUUCUGCGCAAUGGCCCCAUUCAGUGGGUGUAGAUGCAAAGUAUAUAUGUUAUUUUAAGUCAUGAAUAUAUUCCCAUUAGGGUUUUAAGCUGGAAUACCAUU